GACCUAUAGGACGGGACCCGCCUUCUUUAGGCCCACGCGUUGCAGCCUGUGGGCGGACGCUGGGAAAUGUAGUUUCAGGGAGAACAGAAAUGGGUGGGGUCUCGCUUUAGCAGAAGGGCUUCGGCUGUCGUCACUUUGACGCUUUAGAAAAAAAUAGUUUUUGGUUUUGUUUUGAUUUUCUUGAGACAAGAUCUCACCGUGAAGCUCUGGAGGUCCUGGAGCUAACUAUGUAGACCCGGAUGGCUUCAACUCACAGAGAUCCACCUGUCUGCCUCCUGAGUGCUGGGCCAUGGCGGACCCGACGCUUCUGGCACAGGAGCUCAGCGACACAGAGUCUAUGGGUGAAGAGACGGUGCGGUUUCAGGAGUUGCUGCUGAAGGCUUCCAAAGAGCUCCAGCAAGCCCAGACAGCCAGGCCGGAAUCCACACAGAUCCAGCCAAAGCCUGGUUUCUGCAUAAAGACCAACUCGUCGGAAGGAAAGGUUUUCAUCAACAUCUGCCACUCUCCCGCCAUCCCUCCCCCGGUGGACGUGACUGAGGAUGAGCUGCUUCAGAUGCUGGAGGAGGACCAAGCUGGCUUCCGGAUCCCCAUGAGCCUGGGAGAGCCGCACGCCGAACUGGAUGCAAAAGGCCAGGGCUGCACUGCUUAUGACGUCGCUGUCAAUAGCAACUUUUACCUGAGGAUGCAGAACAGUGAUUUCUUGAGGGAACUGGUGGUCACCAUCGCCAGGGAGGGCCUUGAGGACAAGUAUGGCCUACAACUAAGUCCCGAAUGGCGCAUGUUGAAGUACCGGUCUUUCCUGGGCUCCAUCUCACAGCAGAACAUUCGCUCCCAGCAGCGCCCGAGGAUCCAGGAGCUGGGGACCCUGGAUGCCAGUGACUCAGUGGGGCCCCGGCACGGCCCAGAACGGCCUCACCUGAACCUGUGGUUGGAAGCCCCUGACCUCCUCUUGGCUGAAGUUGACCUUCCUAAACUUGAUGGUGCCCAAGGGCUGGCCCUGGAGAUAGGCGAGAGCCGCCUGGUGAUCGGAGGUCCCCAGCAACUGUAUCACCUGGAUGCCUGCAUCCCCCUGCGGAUCAACAGUGAGGCGAGCAGGGCUGCUUUUCACCACAGGAGAAAGUGUCUUCUGGACCAGCGUGACCCAUGUUUCCAGAUGUGGAGAAGAUGUUGGUGUCCUCUCUAAGUGAAAUAAAGAGGUUUCCAGUUCUCUCCA